AUGACAGUCUUAAAAACGUCGCAGGUGAAAUUAUCAUCACAGCACAUGGGGUUUGCUCGCAUCGACCCCAGUCCUGCCGGUACUAUCGACACGGCAAAUGAGCUGCUGCAAAAGAACCAUGAUAACUACCACAUGUACUUUCGGGAUGUCGGCGGCCAUAACCAUAUCGCCCACUCAGUAUUGAGCGUCUUAGCCAUGGGUGGCGGUCCCAAGGAGCUGAAGCGGGCAUACGACGACGGCUAUGGAUAUCAGCGCCCCCUGCCUGUCCUGGACCUACAGGUAGUCGAGGAGCUCAGUGAUCCGGAGAGAUUCCGAGCCCGAAUGCUGAAUCUAGAUCAGUAUACUAAUUUUCUGCACUUUUUCGAAAAAGAAAUCGAUGAGAAGGGCUGGCAGGCCGUCUUGCAAGAAUACUGCUUCAGCCGGACGCCGCUUGCAGAGGCCAUGUUUUCUCAGUUGUACGAAGGUCUCCUGCAUCCCAUCAUCCACCUGGGUUUUGGCAUCGAGUUUGAACAGCCCAGCAUCAUUGCCGAGGGCCUCGCACAUGCCGCCUCACACGACCCGGGUAAUAUCGAUGUCUUCUUCCACCGCAGCGAACAGCUGGCCCAGUCCGGUGCGGUGCCAGCCCGGCCACUUGUCGAGUUGUAUGAGGAGGUCCGCCGUAACGAGAAGACCCGGACCGCGGGACGCAUGCAAGACGGGCCCUUCCGCCUCCGUGAUGGUCCACUGGCUCGCGCCAUGGACGAGAUAGUGAGCAUCUCUGCCCAGUUGCAGAUCCGGCCCGAGGAAUUGGAGCGCGGCACGGCGGAGAUGAUCAACUGCGCGGCGUACAGCGCCGGUGCGGCGCAAAGCCCUGGAAAAGUGCCCAAGAUUGACUUUUUCAUCAUGCACAACGUUACAUGCUCCAUCUUCCUCAGCGUCUUGACCAAGCAGUCGUGGAUCAAGCUUCAGGACAGAGUCCGAUUGGUGGAGUGGAAGGCGAGGCUGGACCUGGCGUGGUACGCGGCAAACGGAGCAGCGGAAUUGCGCCUGAAGGACAUCUCCGACUACGAACCUACGGCAAGCAAGGGUAUGGACUGGCGAGCACUAUACAAGGCUGUCAAUGAGGUCCACGAUGACGGACAUAUCGCCAAGCUUGUGCGAGCGCUGAAGAACGGGGAGACAGUCUCGAGGCCCUUUGAGCAGGGGAACGGCGCCGCUUCUUUCCCCAUCAGGGGCGACUUGUGGCUUCGAAUUGCCCAGAUGGGCUACGAUACUACCAAGGACGGCCAUGAUAAUAGUGAUAAGUGGGUCUGGGGCUCUGGAUUCGACCUUGCAUGGAAGAAGGUGCCGGAUUCAAAGUAA